UUAAGAUUGCAAUCAUUUCACUUCCUGAACAAGUCUCAAUCAAGUUAGCAGAAGACAGAUCUGAAGACCCGGAAGUGUUGUCUAACACUGCCAAUUUGCCAAUGACUUUUGCCAAAUAAUAUUAAGCAGCUCUGCAAAAGUACGUUGUUUUGGCAUAGUUGGCAGGAAAAGUUACUUUUUUUCCAAACCUGUUCUUGAAAAUAGAAGGAAAAUAACAUGCCUGGACGCUUACUUUGAAAGGAGUUAACGGAAACACCUUUAACGCAUAUUAGCCUUUGAGGAAACUAGAAGGAGGUGACUUAAAUGGACGGUGGAUGACAUAAAAACAACAACGACAUAAUCUUAAAGGCAUAUUUUUGAGGCACAGCCUGUCAAAUCUGUCAGAAAACUCAAGACUCACUUCCGGUAAAUUAAGACCGAAAUAAUCGAGCUUUUAAGCAUGUUCCUCAGAAUACAGCUGGGCUUCCUGUAUGCUGUUUGCGGUUUGUUGACACAAAGCGCCGCGUCGCCACAGCGCCGUCCCCCGUUGCUGGUGGUGUCGUUCGAUGGCUUCCGGGCAGACUACCUGCAGAGGUUCCCUAUGCCCAACCUGACGCUCUUGUACAGCCAAGGGGUCCUAGUGGAGCACCUCACCAACGUCUUCAUCACAAAGACCUUCCCCAAUCACUACAGCCUGAUGACGGGACUUUACGCAGAGUCUCACGGCAUCCUGGCCAGUGCCAUGUAUGACCCUGUCAGCCACAAGCACUACAGCGCCGGCAAUAACAGCGACCCCAUGUGGUGGAAUGCGGCGACGCCUUUCUGGAUCUCCGUCAACCAAGCCGGCUACACGUCGGCGAUCGCAAUGUGGCCGGGCUCCGAGGUGGCCAUCCGCAACCAAACGCCCUCACACUUCUUACCCUACAGCACUUACGUGACCUUCCAGGAGCGCCUGUCCAACGUGACCAACUGGAUCCUGGGAAGCGAGAAGGACGAAGGGGCGCUAUUUGGAGCCAUCUACUGGGAGGAGCCUGACCACUCAGGCCACAUGUUUGGACCUGAUGAUACUGAGGCCAUGGGCAGAGCACUGAAGGAUGUUGACGACAACGUUGGCUUGAUGAUAUCGGAACUGAAAAAGAGCGGCUUGUGGGGGCGCAUCGACGUCAUGGUGACCAGCGACCACGGCAUGGCUCAGUGCUCGGUCGAUCGCCUCAUACGCCUGGACGACUGCUUACACGCUGACAACUACACCAUAGUGGACCUCACCCCUGUCGCCGCCCUCAUCCCAAACCGCAGGCCCGAGGCGGUCUUUGCCCUGCUGGAUAAGUGCCACCCAAACAUGACGGCCUAUCUGAAGGAGACCAUCCCUGACAGGCUGCACUACCGCAACAACGAGCGCAUCCAGCCCAUCCUACUGAUCGCUGACGAGGGAUGGACGAUAGUGCGGCAUGGGAACAAGCUGCCCAGACUGGGCGAUCACGGCUACGACAACUCCUUACCCAGCAUGCAUCCCUUCCUGGCGGCGGCAGGGCCCAGCUUCAAAAAGGGCCUCCGACUGACAAGUAUGCAGAGCGUGGACAUUUACCCGCUCAUGUGCCACCUGCUCGGCGUGCCCCCGCAGCCCAACAACGGCACCCUGGGCAACGUCCUGGGAAUGCUGGUGUCUGCAGACUACUGGAGUGCGCCCGUGGUCGUGGGCCUGGUGCUGGGUGUCCUUAUCACGCUCGCCACCAUACCUGUCCUGUUCAAGCUGAUUGGACGCUUGGGCCGGCCGCCAUCCCUCCAACCGUUCCAGAGACUUGAAAUUGAACACAGCGACGACGACGAAGCUUUGCUGGAGUAAUACCAGCCUGGCUCACUCAGGUCUAUUGGUGCCUGCUCGUGCACUUUACCCACGCGGAACACUUUUAGGUCACGCUGUUCUUCUGAAAACACCCCCGGGCUUAUCUUGAAGACAAAAAAAAAAAUGCCGUUUGAUGAGGUCGUAGGUGGAAAUAAUCGUUCAGCCUUUUUCUAUACCUACCAAGCUGGAGCAAAGCUAUCAAAACCGGUUCCCAUGUUGCAUAAGCUGCGUUAGUCAGUGAUUUCUGGUGAAUAGAAUGAUGUGACAAUUCCAAAGCAAAUAUUUUUGUGAAGUUUUGUCCGAUUUACUUUAUAUGGUUUUGUUUUGUAGUGCCAACGUCAGCAGAAAACGUCCAUAUACAGUGCAACCAAAAAAGUAUUCACACCUUUUACGUUACAGCCUUAUUCCCAAGUGAAAUAAAUAUUUAGUCCCCCUCAAAAUUCCACACAAUACCCCACAAUGACAAUGUGAAACGUUUUUUUUUUUUUUUUGCAAAUGUAUUUAAAAAUAAAUAACGGAAAAAUCACUUGUACAUAAGUAUUCACAGCCUUUGCUCAAUACUUUGUUGAUGCAUAUUUCGCAGCAAUUACAGCCUCAAGUCGUUUUGAAUACGAUGCCUCAAGUUUGGCACACCUAUUUCUUUUUGCAGCACCUCCAAGCUCCAUCAGGUUGGAUGGAAAGUGUUUUCAGCCAGGAUGUCUCUGUACAUCGCUGCAUUCAUAUUUCCCUUUAUCCUGAACUAGUCUCCCAGCUCCUUCCACUGAAAAACAUCCACACAGCAUGAUGCUUCACUGUAGGAAUUGUGUUGCCUGGUCUCCUCCGAACAUGACGCCUGAGUUCGAUCCUUGUCUCAUCAGAACAGAGAAUUUUGUUUCUCACGGUCUGAAAGUCUUAAUGCUGUAAUUGCUGCCAAGGUGUGUCAACAAAGUAUUGAGCAAAUUAUGUAACUACUUUUGUACAUGUUUUUUUUAAUUUUUAUUACAUUUGCAAAAAUAAUUUAAAAAAAGUUUCACACUGUCAUUAUGAGGUAUUGUGUGUAGAUUUCUGAAGGCAAAAAUGAAUUUAUUUCAUUUUGGAAUAAGGCUGCAACAUAACAAAAUGUGGAAAAAGUGAAGUGCUUUGAAUACUUUCCGAAUGCACUGUGUAUAUAUACCGGUGUAUAUAUAUCAGUGUGUGUAUAUAUACCGGUGUGUGUAUAUAUACCGGUGUGUGUGUAUAUAUACCAGUGUAUAUAUUAUAUCUAUGCAGUGCUUCAACCAGGGGUGUCCAAACUUUUCCCACUAUAAAAUCAAAGCAUGCAGGGGCAUUUUUGAUAUUUUUAAUUUCAAAACCAGUACAAUAUAUAGAUUGUUUUAACCUUUAGCGCUCCCCUCAAGUUUGGUCCCAGAACCCUAAAAAUGAGUCAUAUUAAUAUAAUUUUUUUAAUUCAACACUUAAAUCUGCCAAUAUAAAGUAUUUUUUUUAUUUUUUUGGGGGGGACAACAUAAUAUUCCCCCCAAAAAUGUUCAUAGUGGAAUAUUUCAUGUGAAGUAAUUGGAGCCUUAAAAAGUUCAAUCAUUUAUAACAACAUUCCUUUUAUUUCAUUUUAUUUUUUAAUACAUCCCACAAAAAUUACUGGCUAUCCAAAAAGUAUGAUACUGUUAAAUAAGUCAUAAAUCUUUUUUAUUUUUUUAUUUUUUUAUUUUUUUUUACUUUUAACGCAUCUUUAGAUCAACUUCAGAUCCAUCUGUUGAUUAUAUACAGUUCAGGCAAAAAGUUUAGAUACGCCUUCUCAUUUCAAUGUGUUUUCUUUAUUUUCAUGACUACCUUGUAGAUUGUCACUGAAGGCAUCAAAACUAUACACCUGUGAAGUGAAAACCAUUUGAGGUGACCACCUCUUGAAGCUCAUCGAGAGAAUGCCAAGAGUGUGCAGAGCAGUAAUCAGCGCAAUGGUUGGCUAUUUUGAAGAAACUAGAAUAUAAGAAUAUAAAACAUGUUUUCAGUUAUUUCACCUUUUUUUGUUAAGUACAUAACUCCACAUGUGUUCAUUCAUAGUUUUGAUGCCUUCAGUGACAAUCUACAAUGUAAAUUGUCAUGAAAAUAAAGAACACACAUUGAAUUAGAAGGUGUGUCCAAACUUUUGGCCUGUACUGUAUGUCAGCAGCCAAAUUAGGAGCCAUUUGAAAUCAUUAAAUUCUAAUUUACGUGCCAAAUAAUAAACGGUGAUAUAUAUUGUUAUUGCAUGAGGGUGCAAUACAGAUCGCAAUGUAGGUUUUAGGCCUAAUUGCCCAUCUUUAACUCAAGUAAAUAAUAGGACUACUUUUGACUCCUCUUACUUGAGUACAGUUUUACAGCUACUCUAUCCACUUCUGAGUUUGUCAAAUGUAAACGUUAUCUGGAGCAGA